CGCCCGACAGAUUCUUCCCCGCGAAGAUGGUGAAUCAGGAGACCGGAUCGCACCGGAGCUCGACCGCUACGUUGAAGUUCCUCUGCAGCUACGGCGGCAAAAUACUCCCCCGCAGGCCCGACGGUAGGCUCCGCUACGUCGGAGGCCUCACCAGAAUCCUCGCCGUCGAUCGCUCCGUCUCUUGCGCCGAGCUGAUGGUGAAGCUCGUCGAGUUUUGCGGCUUCUCCGUCGCGCCGAAGUGCGAGUUGCCAGGCGGCGACUUGGAGACUCUGGUCUCUAUCAAGUCCGACGAGGAUUUGGCCAACCUGAUCGAGGAAUACGACGAGGCUUCGCUGAGAUCGAGAUCUUCUUCAUCUUCUCCGGGCGCGCCGUUCAAGAUCAGAGCCGUCCUCUUCGAGCCGAGAUCGGGCGAGCAAGCGUCUCCGCCUCCAUCACCGUCUCCGUCCGCCGCGUCCAGCCUCAGCUCCUCUCCUCACGAGUCGCCGAGGCGCAGAAUCGGCGAGCGGAGCUUCUCGCCGAGGAUCGUGGCCGGCGUGGGGUGCCGCAGCGGGUCACCAAUGAUCGGUCACCACUGCAACUUCUACGGUCCUGGACAGCCUAGAGUUCCCUGCGCUGCUGCUGUUCACUGUCGCCGCAAUUACUGCCAAUAAGAAAGCAGGUCUCUCGUCUCGUAACAGCAGGAGUAGGGCCAUGAAAAUCGAGAAAAUUACUGUUCGACACCAGUAGGAAAUUAGAGAUCUUACAGAAUUAGGGACGG